CCCCCUCUCUAUUAUGUAUCCUAGGAAUUGGGUUCUAGGGCUUGGCUCUUUCCAAUUAUAAACCUUUUGGCUGCCCUACCUUUCUAUGAUAAUUCCAUGAUUCUUCCAUCUUCCUUCCCACUGCUCUCCUCUCCUCCUCCGACGAAUCCGGAACUAUUUCUCUCACUUCCUCACUGAUUUUCCGCCUAAUUUCCCAUCUUUCUUCGAUCCUAUUAUUGGCUUACCAAUUAAUGUCGUCCUUUCCAGAGCCCGACUUUGAACCGGAUGACGAUGGCGGUACGUCUGAUCUCAGCAACAGUGCCGCCGAGCCUGAAGACAGUAGCCACGCCAGUGGAGUCGCAAAGGCUUCGUCUUUGGACCGCCAACUGGUUCUGAAGGAAGAACACGAGGAGGAUCACAAACCCCACAACUCCAAUCCAACACAACAAGCAGCUCAACCGCCGAUUGGGAUGGUGCCGCUGAUGCAGAUGCAUAUGCCUAUGCCUGUCGCCACCACCUCCCGGCGAUCAUCCACCAAGGACCGCCACACCAAGGUGGAGGGCCGCGGCCGGAGGAUCCGGAUUCCCGCCACGUGUGCGGCCCGAAUCUUCCAGCUGACUCGCGAACUGGGUCACAGGUCCGACGGCGAGACCGUUCGGUGGCUCCUGGAACACGCCGAGCAAGCGAUCAUCGAGGCCACCGGGACGGGGACCGUCCCGGCCAUCGCCGUCUCCGUCGGCGGAACCCUCAAAAUACCCACGACUUCGGCCAACCAAGAGAGCGAAGGUUCUACGGCUCACAAGAAGCGGCGACGACCGUCGAAUAGCGAGUUUUACGACGUAGCCCCGGCGAGCGAGGGCGUUUCCCAGGCGGCUGGGUUGGCGCCGGUCGCGCCUCAAGGGUUGGUCCCGAUUUGGACAGUGAGUAACGCCGGGAUGAUGAUACCCUCGAACGCCUUCUGGAUGAUGCCUGCGGCGGCAGGGGUUCCGUCGGGAUUGAACCAGCAGCAGCAGCAGCCACAGUUAUGGACAAUAUCACCGGGCGUGACGCCGGUCUUGAACAUGGCGGCUCGGCCGAUCUCUUCGUUGGUGGCAGGGGGGGCACAGACACAGUCGUCGUCGGGAGCGGUAUGCGGGAGCGGGAAAAGCGGGGGGAAGAAGAAAUCGAGCAUGGCUCCGGCAAGCGUGAGCUCGGGGAGUCAGAUGCUGAGCCUGAGGGACUUCUCGUUGGAGAUCUACGAGAAGAAGGAACUUCAGUUUAUGGGUGGAAGGGGGAAUCAACACACACACCCCACUUCUUCUGCUUCUGCUUCUUCUUCUUCUUCAAGACCCUCAAUUAGUUAAUUUAAUUAACAAUUAAUACUAAUAACAAAAUUAUUAAGCUAUGAAAACAUCUAUUAUCAGCUGUUGGGUUGGGUCUCUCUCUCUCUCUCUCUCUAAUUUUGUUUGUUUUCAUGUUGUGUUUUUUGGGGGGUCAUUCUUCUACUGUUAGCUAGUUUCUCGACUCAAUUCUCCAAGUCCCAAGUAGGUGGUUAGCUAUAGCCUACAGCUAUAUCUAGUAAAGAUGAAAUUUUCAAAUGUAAUUUGUAAGCUGAAAAGAUUAUCCUUUGACCAUGUCCUCCCUUCCCUUC